CCCAAAACUGAAUGCACUAACGACGUCUCAUACCAAGUUUGCUGAUCAAUGUUUUGUUGUGUGUCGUGGGCUGACCGAGAUAUAGGCUAGGUUGGGUCCUAAAGAUGAUACCCAAAAUAUCAUUUGAUGAGUGCUUAAAAGAUUCACCCAGGUUUAGAGCCUCUCUUGAGGAUGUGGAGGUUAAUAUAUUUGAUUUGGAAUGUAGACUAGAAAAGCUUGUAAAAUUAUGCUCUGCCAUGGUAGAAGCAGGCAAGGUCUUUAAUGCAGCUACGGGAGCAUUUGUUUCUGGUAUAAAUGAUGUUAAGAAACACUUCGAUAAUGAUAAGUUAGUAGAGGAUUAUUUUGAUAAGUUCAUUCGUUCUCUGAAGGAUGUUCAAUCUUAUCAUUCUAUUCUAAUUGAUCAAGCCAAUAGAACAAUUUGUAAAUCUUACUCAGAAUUCCUAAAAGGUGAUUUAAAGAAAGUGAAGGACACUAAGAGAGCUUUUUACAAGAUAAGUGAGGAUUUUGAUACGUCAUUGAAUAAGCAUGCUCAGGUGUCGCGCUCUAAAGCAAUGGAAGCGGAAGAAGCGGGGAACCUCCUCAUAGCAACAAGAUCGGCGUUUGGUCACACAGCUUUAGACUACGUCAAGGAGUUGAACAUGAUUCAGUCAGCCAAGAGGCAUGAAAUCCUCAAUAAUAUGAUGUCUUUUAUGCAUGCCCAGUUUACUUAUUUUCACCAAGGUUAUGAUUUGUUAAGAGACCGACAACCACAACUCAAGCAACUUGCUGUCAAGUUGGAUGCAAUUUCAAAGAUGAACAUUGAAGGUCAGAAGGAAAUGGAGAGAAGACAUGCGAUGGUUGAAAAACUGGAUGAGAUAUGGAACAAUCCAUGUGGACGUGAUUUAAUUGAUAUGGAAGGAUACUUGUACAAACGAGCCAACAAUGCAUUCAAAUCUUGGCACAGGCGUUGGUUUACUCUAAGAAACAACCAGCUUGUCUAUCAGAAGAGAUCCAAGGAUGAUUGUACAAUAGCUGUUGAAGAUUUACGAUUGUGUACCGUAAAGUUUGCUGACGACUGUGAAAGACGUUUUUGCUUUGAUGUCGUUUUGCCUGGCAAAACCAUUGCUUUGCAGGCAGACAGUGAGAGUAUCAGGAAGAAGUGGUCAACAGCAUUUGCAGAAGGAAUUAACUCAGCUUUCAACAUCAGUCCUUCCAAUGAUGUAAAAAAUACUUAUAUUAGCAAUACUGCCAACUCCACAGAAGAUGAUUCCAUUUUACCAAGCACUUCAAGAAAUGUAAGUUUUAGGAGUACGAUUCAGGGAAUACCUGGCAAUGAAAUAUGCUGUGAUUGUAGAAACAAAGAUCCUACCUGGGCUAGUAUAAACCUUGGUGUGACCUUGUGCAUAGAAUGUUCUGGAGUCCAUCGAAGUCUUGGUGUUCAUAUUUCUAAAGUGCGUUCACUUACUCUGGACGCUUGGGAACCAGAAACUCUAAAGGUUAUGGAUCAGUUAGGCAAUAUUAUUACCAACAGCAUCUAUGAAGCGAAUGCUGAUGUAACAAUGACCAGAGCCAAACCAGGCUGUUUGCAAUCUGUUCGAUUGUCCUGGAUCAGAGACAAAUACGUCAAUAGGAAGUUUGUUUCCCAAGAACCAGGAAGCCCGACAAGUGGAACACUCAAGAGGCGAAGGUUAUCGCAAAGAAGCUCAGGUGGGUCAUUAUGUAGCGGAUUGAGUGCAGAAACACUAGCAGCUGUUGGGAUUCCUCCUUCCGCUUUUGGUGAAGACAAUGAUAGUGAUAACUCAGAUGCAGAAAUUUUAGAUGAGCCCCCUCCUGAUAAGGUCAAAGGUUGGAAGAGCCUAGAUGCCAAUGCUCGCUUAAUAAAGGCUUCAGGAUUGGGCAACGUAUCGAUGGCAUUAGAGGCUCUAGCGCAAGGAGGUAACAUCAAUCCCAGCAUCCCUAGCGAUGCAAGGACUACGCCAUUACAUGAAGCAGUGGCUGGGGGUUCCCUUACCACCGUAGAGUUUCUGUUAUUAAAUGGUAGUAAAGUGAAUUCACAAGAUGCAAAUGGUAGAACACCUUUACACAUUGCAACAGACAAAGGAUACACUGGUUUUGUUUGCUUGAUGUUAAAACGUGGUGCUGACCAAGAUAUUAAGGACAAAAAUGGUCAGAAUGUUUUGUCGAUAUCAAUCAAUAAAGCAAAUGCAGAUAUUGUUACUCUGUUACGUCUUGCAAAACUCAAUAAAGAAAUGAAGGAAUCAUCAGAUUACGGAAAUCAAGGAGAUGAAACCUUUCAGGAUGUGUUUAGGGAUUUUACCAAUAUGGCAUCCAAUAAUCCAGAUAAACUGAACAGAAAUCAAAGCAGUGACAAUAUUGAGAGUACAGUGUAAUCGCAGAGUGCCUAUAGCACACCGAGGGAGAAGGGAGAUUAGUGAAGGUAUUGGGUGUGGGGGUGGCAGGAGUGUGGAGCAGCGAGUGUACUGGGAGAAAGUGAGUAGUGUGGGCUUAGAUAUGUUUUAUUAAUACAGGUAGUAUAAUACAGGGGUGUUAUUGUGAGUGAUGACUCAUAAUAUAUCAUCUCUAUAAAUAAACAGCUACAUUCGCUAAUAUUGAAGUGAUAGUAUGAUGCAAUCUCAGUGUAAGUUCAUUGUUUUCAGCACGAAUCCGUACCCCAAAUUCAGUCUCGCUAAUUUUCAAAACUUAGUUUUCCAGAUGUUUCUACACAAUUCUUAUAUAUGCUGGAGAAUUAUUGAAGUUUGCUAUUUUUAUGACAGAUUUGAAAUUUAUAGAAUUAUAUUGCUACAAAUUUAUAAUUAUGUAAGGAGUGACUUGUCAACUUUUAUUAUUUAUAUAACAACAUGUAUUCUUAUACAAAAUUAUGUAUAUAUUUUUAUGAUUUAUUUUUUUUUGUUGGAAAACAUUUUUUAUGAGCAAGAAUGUAAUGUGUGCUUUGUUCAUUGAUCAUGAGCUUUCAAAUAUUGUUGACAAUCAUUUGUUAAAAUGUAAACAGUGUUUUGUGGAUUCAAUGUCCGGUGGCUGGACCUGUCUGCUAUGGGACACUUAUAUUUCACUGGACAAGGAUUGGAUAAAACAAAUCUAAAUUUCGAAACAAGUUAGUACAUUACAAAAUAAUGCAACAGUUUAUGUAUUUUGGAAUAUCCUAAUAAAAGACAUGAAUUUGAAAGACAACAGAGAAAAA